AUACCCUAUUUUAAUACUGCAACCCCAUGUAGAGGGUGCUAUGUCAGCAAAUUAUAAUAAUAUAAAUAUACGUCGGAUUCGCCCGCGCGGGCAGUCUGUUGUCAUUCUCGACACAUAUCGGUACUAUUUCCAAUUACCAAUUCGUUACUAUUCCUAUUUCUAGUUCUACUAUUUCUAAGUGUCCAAAUAUCCUUAAAUACUGUCAAUUGUGGUGAAAAACCAAUAUAAUCAUUUUUGUGUGUAAAAUUAGUUUUUUUUAAAAACCGUGUUCGAGGAUCCCGUAUAACAUUUGGUGGCAGCGGUGGGAUACCGAAAGUUCAAUAUAUACACAGAUAUAUCCCGAAUACGUCUCCAAAGGACAAACCUUACAAAUUAAAGUGCCAGUGCUACGUUUUCUUCAAUAAUCAAAGGCAAUAAUAAACAACGUUCACCCAAAUAUGCCUUCAACAUCCUAGUGCGCGUGUGUAUUGUGUGCUAGUGAAUCCUGUGGAAUAUAAAAUAAGUGCUGUGUGGAGUUGUUCCUGAGCCUUGAUUAUAAUCAGGCCUCAUCAUCAUGCUGUGGCAGAUCUUCAUUGUCGUGACAAUACUACACAUUCCAAUCGAUGCACGAUCGGACUUUGUCAAGCCUUAUCCUUCAAACGCUGGUAUCUACUUCGAUAGCCUGGGAAAACUUAAAAUAAUUAAGAGUAAUUUAAACGUAAUUAGUUAUGUAGAUAUAUCUUUCAUAAAACCUCAUCUUACUAAUUUGAAUGAAAUCAUAGGUACAUUAAGGUUUAACUGUCAAAAAUUUAACUUAACUUCUUGUGAAAACACGCUAUCUCCUUUAACAGCUCGUUUUACAGACGUUCAACGAGAAUAUGAUUCUAUUUAUCAUCUUAUUUCAAAGCGAUACAAACGUAAUGCAUGGUUUGGCGGUAUAGGUACAGUAUUUAAGCACGUUUUCGGCACGCUUGAUGAAGACGACGCUCUUAAAUACGAUUCUGCUAUAGAAUCUAUACAAAAUAAUCAAAAGAAAAUGGCAACAUUAAUAAAAGAAAAUAUCUUAGUUACUACUUCUACCUUAGAGUCCUAUAAAAAUAUUAUAAACAAAUUAAAAACCAAUCAAGAAAUCAUUAAUGAAUCAUUAAUAUCAUUCCUUAAACAAAUAACAAAUAUCACAGAAAUUACAAACAAUUUAAUCAUAGAAACAAAAGUCCAUUCCAUACUUACCAACCUUGAAAGCUCUUUGCUUACAUUAUCGUUUCAACUCGAAGACUUGAUAAACGCAAUUAUACUCAGUAGUCAAAACAUCCUACAUCCUAACAUUGUAACGCCUGCCCAACUAUACCGUGAACUCGCCGAUAACGAUAGGCACCUACCACGGGACACUGGGAUUCCUAUAUCAUUAAGCCUAGAUAAUAUUCAUUUAAUUUUAAGUAUAUCUAAUGUUGCAUGUUAUUAUUUUAAGAAUAAACUUGUAUUUGUUUUGCAAGUGCCCCUCGUUACCAAUGAGGAAUUCAAUUUAUAUCAUACUUUGGCUCUGCCUACUCCUCAUAGAGUGGAUAACCCAAAUAGUUAUAGUUUAAUCUCUCCUACUAGUUCGUAUAUUGCUAUUUCUAAUAGUAAACAAUUAUAUUGUAAUUUAGAUAGUUUACGUAAGUGUAAGACCAUAUACUCUGAGUUCUUUUUAUGCGAAGUACCGGUAAUCUCGACGACAAGUGAUAACCCGAUAUGCGAAAGUGAACUAUUAACGAAAACUGUUAAUGCUAUUCCUAAACGGUGUGUUACCAAAACCAUAUUCGGCGAGCUAGACAUUUGGCAACCACUAAUAAACAAUCGGUGGAUUUUCGUGCAGUCUCGUCCGAAUAAAGUGUCUAUCGAGUGUGGUGUUUCAGAAAUGCGUGAGAUUAUAGUGUCCGGUACGGGUAUUUUAGAUACCCCAAAACAGUGCACAAUCUAUACAAAAAGUGUAAGACUGAUAACUUCCGAUGACUCUUAUAAUAUAAUUUUGGGGGCUCGUCCGGGAUCAGUGCUGUGGAUACGAUUCGUACCGACGAACAAAGACGCCACGUGGAACGCCAUUACGCCUCUGCGCGCCGCACCGGUUUCCUUCGAAAAUUAUUACGACGACGACGACGACUAA